CAUAUGGUAUAAAUUGUCUGUCUUCAGGGUAUCAAAAAGCCUUUUACUGAGGUCAUUAAGGCUAACAUUGGUGACGCCCAUGCAAUGGGACAGAGGCCCAUCACCUUCCUUCGUCAGGUGGUGGCGCUAUGCACAUACCCAGAUCUGUUGGACAGCCCAAGUUUCCCAGAAGAUGCUAAAAACAGGGCCAGACGGAUCUUGCAGGGAUGUGGAGGAAAUAGUUUAGGGUCUUAUAGUGCUAGCCAAGGUGUAAAUUGCAUCCGUGAAGAUGUUGCAGCAUAUAUUGAAAGAAGAGACGGAGGAGUUCCUGCAGAUCCAGAUAAUAUAUAUCUUACAACAGGGGCUAGUGAUGGAAUUGCUGCUAUUCUAAAACUCCUGGUCUCAGGAGGAGGGAAAACCCGAACUGGAGUGAUGAUCCCCAUCCCACAGUAUCCUUUGUAUUCAGCAGCCAUAUCUGAACUAGAUGCCAUCCAGGUGAACUAUUACCUGGAUGAAGAGAAUUGCUGGGCACUAGAUGUGAAUGAACUUGGUCGUUCCUUGAAUGAAGCUAAAACAUACUGCAAUCCAAAGGUUCUUUGCAUCAUCAAUCCAGGAAAUCCUACUGGUCAGGUGCAAAGCAGACAGUGCAUUGAAGAUGUUAUACAUUUUGCUUGGGAGGAGAAACUCUUUCUUUUGGCUGAUGAGGUUUAUCAGGAUAAUGUGUACUCCGAGGGAUGUCAGUUCCAUUCCUUCAAAAAGAUUCUGUAUGAGAUGGGACCAGAGUAUUACAACAAUGUAGAACUAGUCUCCUUCCAUUCCACCUCAAAGGGAUACAUGGGCGAGUGCGGCUACCGAGGAGGUUAUAUGGAAGUGAUUAACUUGCAUCCAGAGAUCAAAGGACAGCUUGUUAAGCUUCUCUCCGUUCGUCUCUGCCCUCCAGUAUCUGGACAGGCAGCUAUGGAUAUUGUAGUGAAUCCUCCAGUACCUGAAGAAGAAUCCUACGUACAGUUCAUCAAGGAAAAGGAGUCUGUAUUAAACAAUCUUGCCAAAAAAGCUAAGCUAACAGAAGACUUGUUUAAUCAAGUACCAGGAAUUCACUGCAAUCCACUUCAGGGAGCUAUGUAUGCUUUCCCAAGGAUCUUUAUUCCUUCCAAAGCUAUUGAGGCAGCAAAGGGUAAUAAAAUGGCUCCUGACAUGUUCUACUGCAUGAAACUUCUGGAAGAAACUGGUAUCUGUGUCGUACCAGGUAGUGGGUUUGGCCAAAGAGAAGGAAGUUACCAUUUCAGAAUGACUAUUCUCCCUCCCAUAGAGAAACUGAAGAUUCUGCUGGAGAAAGUGAAAGACUUCCAUAUAAAGUUUCUGGAAGAAUAUGCAUGAAAGACAUUCUGAUUUCCCCACCACCACCCCCCAAAAACCAAAUGCAGAAAAUGAACAAAGAUGUGCUGAAAAUGAGCUAUUCAUCUAAACUGAGUUCACAAUAGCUAGAGCCCAUCUAUGGGAUAAAACUACUACUGUUUCCUGAACAAUUAAAUGUAAUACCUGGUGUGGAACAUACUGUCACACUAACACUUAAGUUUCUUGGUGGUAGGCGUAGGGAGGAAGGGAAUGUAAAAAGGGGAGGAGAAGAGUCUAGUAAAUAAUAUUGUGCCUUGUUUGGAAGUUAUGUUGAUGGAAACUUCUGGCCCAUUUGGUUGGGGAAGGAAGUAUGAAAACAGCUUCUUCAAAGCUGAAAUGCAGAUAUAGCAGUUAUCUGGUCACUGAUAUCCAUUUCAAACUUUAUCAGAAAAAAUACUAAAAUUUAGUUACAGGUGUGGCUGGAGAUUUUUUUUUUUUGGUCAUUCAUUCAGUAUGAUGUAUUACCCAAAUCUGACUGAGCUCACAACUGUUAGAGUGCUCAUUUAAAAAAAAAAGUUGUGGCAGAUCUUGUGUAACUAAAUUCUUCUACAUUUGAACUGUACAUAAUUGAAUAAAAACUGCCGUGACAACCUAAUUUGAGUAGAACAUAGGCAGAGGGAACACUCCAUAGUUCAUGAGAUAUGAAACAAAUUAUUCUACAUACUAUUCAGGUUAGAGUAGUGUAUCAUAGGAGAAUGAUUGCAUCCAAUAAUUUUAUUCAGAAAAUAAGUAAGCCAAUGGCUUUCCUGUUAUGUACACAAAUGGGGUAUGUGAAAUACUGUAAGCAAACGACUUCAAAGCAAAUCUGAAGAUUUUUAGGCCAUUUAAGAUAAUAGGGUCUAGCACAGAAACCUUACUGUCAUAAUAUGUGUCCCCACAUCACCUUUGGAAGAAUACCUGCUUGGAUCUUGAAGAUUAGGGGAUGAUUUAUGGGAGAGAGAAGUUCCUGAUGUUGUUCCUGGCUUGAAUCCAAACCAGCUCCAUGAGAACUGAAAGAUAGUGCCAUGAGACAAAUGCUGGCAACCUAAAAGAAACUAAAUUGGAGAGAUUGUAAAAUACUACGUAUGUCCUCCUUGGCAGUAAAAGUGAAAGUUGGCUAAAUGGGCAUGAAGACAUGGAUAGUGUCAGCUUGCAAGAUGGGUCCUUUAGGGCAGACAGUCUGAUGGAGAAAUAUUGCACCUCUGCUGCCCUUCUCAUUCUUUUUAAGAAUAAAACAGUCUGCCCUUCAGGGAGAGUUGUAAAUUUUUGGCCCCUUAGGUUAGCCCACAUAAAAAAUUCCAUAGCUCAAUAAAAAGUGUUACUUGAAUGCAGCUUGCAUCAUCAGCCCUGGAAAUACUAAAUAAUUUUGUCAGUUUUGGUCAGGGUAUUUUACAAAGAGCCGUCAUUAGCAACAGCAUCUUUUUUACUUAAUUGGAAUCAUAUUCUUAAGGAGUCAGUUGGAAUUCUUAUGUUUACUGACCUUACUUUGUUAAGAGUUUACACCAGGAUCAGCAUAUUAUAGUAUUGAAGUCACCCAUGUCCUUGAGCUGACUUAGAUUUCCUAGAGCAGUGGCUAAUGAACAUACACAUAGGCACAUGCUUUAUCCUUAAAAUACUAAACUGGAUAAAGACAAGUACAGGCCACAUCUCUCUUGCAGCAGGAAUUCAUCUAUUAGUAUAGUAUUAGCAUACACUGCAGUUGGGGACUAUACAAAGAUCAGAAGUAUGCAUGUAGAAUUAAUUGGCAGCUUCAUUAAUCACCAGUGGUUGCAUCUACAUGAGUUGCUACUGCGCAGUAGUUACUACACAUUUAUUUAGGAUUUGUAUAAACAAGUACUAAAUAAACACUCAGUAAGCUGAGUUACUGUGUGGUAGGGCUGACAAACGCCUUUUUUGUGGUGCUGCUGCUCAGUAGCCUAAUAUGACUGCAUAGUAGUAUCAGAUCGUGGUUUUUACUAUGCAGUGCUACUGUAGAGUAGUAUCAGGCUACUGUGCAGUCAGCAUCUUGUAUAGAUGUGGCCACACUCAAUUUGGCAUCUUCCAUUUGUACUACUAUUACUCAAAAGAAACUCAAAGUAAAAAUAAUUUGUUAAAGGGUCAAAACGUGGGGGUUAAAUAAUUAAAGAAAUAGCCCUUGAUGUAGUAAUUUGUCCCCAAGUCAAACCUGGCGCUGGGCUCAUUGCUUGGAAGUGGCUGCUAUAAUGAACAUGUAGUAUGAGAUGUCUAAGGUCUAAUAAUGAAGCUAGUAUAUUUUUUAUAUUUUUCUAACUACAGCUUUUUCAUGGGGUAGCAUUUGUAUUCUAACAAGUCUGUAGGUUUUUAUACUUGCCUUGUGUUUACACCCAAUACUCCUGGAAACAAUCCAAGGUUUACAUGUUUCUAAAGAUACUUUGCAGGUGCUUAAAUAGGUUGGAGUUUUUUUUUAAAGUCAAGAGAGCAAUUGUCCUAGUUUACUUUAAAAUAAAGAUACUGACAUGAUUUGAGCUUUCUGAACAUCCUCUUAUGGUGCCUUUUACAUUUCUGGCAUUGCAAGAGAGGGUUAUUCUUCGGGGGGGGGUGCAAGAGAGGUUUCUACUGUUCGUCAUACAAUAUUUAUACAUAUGGCUACACACUCUUAAAUGUACAUGAUUAUGGACAAAAAUAAUAAGGGGUCUUGUUUUUAUUAUUUUUAAUAUUUCAUUAAUAAGACAACCUACUUUUUAAUGCAUGCUUCUAGGUUUGGUUUUCCUCCAGGUGCUCCUUAACACUGUAUUAAAUUACUUUAGAUGUAUCAGGCUUCAGAACAAUAAAAUAGAUGUCAAAAGUUGUA